UCACUGAGUUGAGAGACUGGAACUGGCAGGACCUGUCCCUGUGGCUUUUUCUCUGGGAAGCUGAGGUCUGAUGAGAAUGUGGGGCCAAGUUCUGUGCCCUCUCCCCCACCAGCUCUAAUGACCUCUCUUUGGCUCUGCAGCAUCUAAAAAUCUCAAAGACAGAACACGGCUCAAUCAGAUAGGAAAAGGCGCUAUGAGUUCAAGAGCCCAUGGGCAAUGAGUGCAUUUGAGCCUCUUUCCUGCCCAUGGGCUUGGCCUGCUGCUCCACAUCUAUCUGCAACUCCAAGAUGGUCUCAUCAGCCAUGUUAACAAGGACGCAAGCAAUACUGCAGAAGGAGAUGGUGCGAGAGUUUCUGGGGGAGUUCGUGAGCACAUAUGUCAUGAUGGUGUUUGGCCUCGGCUCCGUGGCCCAUAUGGUUCUAGGAGGCAAAUAUGGGAGCUACCUCAGUGUCAACUUGGGUUUUGGCUUCGGAGUCACCAUGGGAGUGCACAUGGCAGGGAACAUCUCAGGGGCCCACAUGAAUGCGGCCUUAACCUUCACCAGCUGUGCACUAGGCCGCAUGUCCUGGAAGAAGUUUCCUGUAUACGUCCUGGGUCAGUUUCUGGGUUCCUUCCUGGCUUCUGCCACCAUCUACUGCCUCUUCUACUCAGCCAUUAUCCAGUUUUCCGGUGGACAUCUGACAGUGACUGGUCCCACAGCUACUGCUGGCAUUUUUGCCACCUAUCUUCCUGAGUACAUGACGUUGUGGAGGGGCUUCCUGGAUGAGGUGCUAGUGACAGGGAUACUGCAGCUAUGUCUCUUCGCCAUCACGGACAAAAAGAACAAUCCAGCACUGCAAGGGACACAGGCCCUGGUGAUUGGCAUCCUAGUUACUGUCAUCGGAUUGUCCCUGGGCAUGAACACAGGCUAUGCCAUAAACCCAUCCCGGGACCUGCCUCCCCGCUUCUUUACUUUCAUUGCGGGCUGGGGUAUACAAGUCUUCAGGGACAGGGACUGGUGGUGGGUGCCGGUGGUGGCGCCGCUGCUGGGUGCCUACUUAGGUGCCAUCAUCUACUUGGUCUUCAUUGGCUCCAGCAUUGCACGGAGGUCCCAGAUAUUGGAGGACUCAACCAUUCAUGAAGGCCGCAGAGUACCGGUGUUGCCCAAGACCAUGCCAAACCCAUCCACGACCCUCACCCCUGUCACUGUGUCUCCCACCAAUAGACCUUCAGUUCAAACUGUCCCACCCUUAAGUGACCACAUCCACAUAGAGCACUUCUAAGUAUGAUGAUUUGUGACCCUAUCCCCACCCCAAUAAAGAAAGCCUUGCCCCACAGCAGCACCCCCGUGUCCUGGGUGCCUCCUGUGGUUGGGCUUCCCUCCUGGGUUCUUCCAGGAGUUCUAGGGUUAGGCUGCAGCCCAAGGUUGCAGUAUAGAGCUGAGAGGCCUCCGUCCAGCCUCAGGAGCUGGGUCACUGCCCCUGGGGGAUGACGUGGGGGGGGGGCGGAGGGCCAACCUAUGGCCCCAGUAGGAACAGGAGGAGAUUAAAGGAUGCCAGACACCAAAUGGUGGACUUUCAGGCACAGGGUAGGAGAGGGAUGGUUUUGAGGAAAGGACAACAGCUCUGGGGAUACCUCAAUCUGCCCUGUGAAGGACUCUAGACUAUCUCUCAGUUCUGACUAGUUCUUGGACCAGGCAAAGCAAGGUCCAAGCAUGUAGAUCAGAGUUUCUCAACCGUCUUUUUCCAUUAUUGCUCCCCUCAGAAGCCUUUUAGACAUUGUCUUAAUCAUAUGAUAUUUUAAUACCACAGAUAUACUAGAUUGUGGUUUAAGUACUACAUCUCAGUGUAUAUAUAUAUAUAUGUGCUUUAUACAAAAAAAAGAGUAAGAUUUUUUUUUUUCAUUUUCCCCUUCCAAGAAUCAAUGUUCUUGCCCUUGGAGGCAAAAUCAGCCCCUACCUUGAAAAUGCCUAAUAUAGAUUGAAAGUAGGUAAGGGGUUGGAUUCCUUUUUCUCCUGGUGCCAGAACUCUCCUUCACGAAGGAAUUCUGGAGUCAGAAGGAAGAUGCAGAGAAGGAAGUUCUUCCUGCAGAGACAGGAAAUGGUCUUGCAAGAUGGGAUUCAGGGGGACAGGCAGAAAAUUUGGGUGUAAGUGGGGCAUCCCCACCCACUCUGGGAUCAAGCAGGAAUCACCCUGCUUUCUGGGACCCAGGAGUAGCAUCACCCAUGGUUCCUGUCAUUGUUUGUGCAUUCAGCCUUUCAACAGUUAUUGAGCACCUCCUGUGUGCAGACCCUGCCUAUGCACUGGAAAUGCUGACAUGGAUGAGGCUGGGUCUCUGCCUUCAAGAAGCACAGUCUAAUGAGGAUGUUUAUUGUGAAGAAGGAGAUAAGCAGCGGAGAGGGGACUGGUUUCCCAGAGGAGGAGGCAGAGCAGAAUGGGGGACAAGAGUUGUCCCUUCUGGGGUUGGGUGCUGAACUUUGUAGUGGAGAAGAUGUAGGCAACGAGGCUGGGCUUUCUUCUGGAGAUGGGGACAUGAUGAGAUGACGUUUAGCAAGCUGCUGGGAAAGCAGGAGAUCGGAGACUGUAAGGGAGUGCGGUGAGAGGCAAUAAUCCAGGAGGAGCAGCAGAUGGGACAAAGGGGGUUUGGGAAAUACUGAGGUAAAGCCCACAAGACCUUGGGCUGGCACUGGAGAAGGAGUAAGGACGCGGCAGGAGUCAGGGUUGACUUCAGUUUGUGGCUUGGGCCUGGGGCAUUGGAGAUGUGCCCCCUAUGAGUGUGCAUGGGAGACAGACUGGUUUGGAGAGGAAGAUAAGUUACAUUGUGGACAUGUCGAGUUUGAGUUGCCUAUGAGACCUGGGGGCAAGAAUUGUGUAUCUUGAGCAAGUUACUCAACUUCUCGGGGCUUCUGUUUUCUCCUUUGUAAAAUGGGUCUAAUAUUACUUACCAUUUGUGUUGCUGUAUAUAUCCAAUGAAAUAAAACAUGUACAUUGCUGAGAA